AAUUCGGUCGUUCAGCGGUAUGGACGUUACACCGCUUUUGUGUCGCGUGUAAAUUUCAACUACCGGAAGUGCGAUUCGGCAUCUCCGGCACGAACACUCGAGCCUGUCUCGUCCCGUUUACUUGGGGUGCUCGUCGGAUGCGCUGGUUCGCGGUGCCGGCGACCGUCUGAAAUCAAUUCGGAGCGCGCUCGGACCAAGCCGUUAAGGAAACCGCUUGUUCGGCUUGUUACUCCGAUAAUUGCGGAGCACGGUGAAACUGUCGUUACACGACGCGGUAGCAACUGUGCCCGUGGUGUUGCUCCCUGAGAACGUUCUUCCCGAAAGAAUCCGCUCGGUUAGGCGCGACUUUAAAGCUCUACGCCCGGCCGGCGCGGCGCCUGUAUUAAAGGGAGAUAUGCUCGAAGCAGCGACGGCGAUCGACUGACAGCCGCGCUCCGCUGGAAUUGGAGCCUCGUUCCCGAGCGGACUGGCGGCCUACGCUGGUGUGGAUAUCGUAAUAUCGUCGUCCGGUGACGAGAUGCGAAGUCACCGGGACGAAUCCAUGUAAAUUGUAAUCGAAGGAGCGAGUCUUCGAGGAGGAGGUCUGGGUGCGAAAUGUAGCUUGUGCGAAAGGUCUUCCGCGAAGGGAAGACGGCGAUCGCGGUUUGUUGAUUCUCCCCGAGGAUCAACCCCAUGUACGCUGCUCUCUCUCUUUCGUGCCUCGCGUUUGUUCGUUCGCCGUGAGUGGUGAAGCCCGGUGCAACGUGUGACAUCCCGGAGGUUCGCCGAGUUUCUACCCGACGCUCUCAGAAACAGAAACGUCCGGGAAAGAACGUCCGCGAGACGACGCUUCCGUGAUGUGUCUGUGAAUUUGGAUAUCGGAAAAAGGACACCGUUUUCCAUCGCCAGCCAGGAUGACGAACGGCUGUCUGCCGGACGCGUUCGACUAGUCGUCACAGUGGAGUUCUGCUUAAUCGCAGCCUCGGGAGGGGGUGGUUCGAUGUUGGUCCCUCCCGUGGCCCAAAGUGGGACCGGGGAUCGUCCCGUGGGGGACACGGUGGCACGGGCUCAGCAGACAACCGGCCCCGCUGCCGCUACGACGACCCUAUGGCCUUUAGCACCUGCGCAGCCCAAUCAGGUUCCCAAUCAACAGUCCCAGGGCAUACCACCUCUGGCCGCUACGCCUGCGCCCGCUCACAAUCAAGGUGCGAACCGCUACGGACUGUACUCGUUAUUCCCAGGGGGUGGCGGGGGCAGUUACGUCGCCGCCACCCCCGCCACCCCCGAGCAACCGAUGCCAGCACGGGCUUAUCACGCGACGCACAAGGUUUCAGAGAGCGUGUUUUCCGCGGCGGUCGGGGUUGGGAUGGGUGGCUACACCUGGGGCGCUCCCACGCCCCCGCCGGGAUCGCCCUACAGCCCUGUGCCCGUGACACAGCUGGAGCUGCUGGCGAAAAAUUUGGCGAACCUGGCGCCCGCAGCCGCCACGGGGCAGCAGGCCCUGAGCCUGCAGGGUGUUGGCGUUAACGUGGCCGGUAGUCUUCAUCACGCGCAGCAUACGCAGCACACGCAGCACACCCUUAACCUCACCGGAAUUCACCAUCUGCAUCACGGUGGCCUCCAUCAGAACACAUUCUCGCCUCAAUUGUCGCUAGUAACCGGCGCACCAACGUUGACCAUCAACAACUUUUCGUCGCCCAACUCGAGCAGCGGCAUUGCGCCGACGACGGGUGUCCUCCUGCAGGAAUAUCAACCGCCAAUAGGCGCGACAGCGGCGGCGACAGGAUGUACCGUCACCGUGAACGGUUCGUCCUGUCUAACGAACACCAGCAGCGCGACCAGCAGCAUGAUGAUGCACGGUGGUAUCGGCGGCGGUGGCAACCAAGCGAUCGGCAACCAGAUCGCCGUUCAAGCCGCCGCCGCCGCCACGAAGAAACGGGAGGCUUUCCUUUCCAGUCAAGGCCAACCGGUGAAGCUGGAGAACAAAUCGACCAGGGCGUCAUGCCUCUGCAGGAACAGCAACGGAAAGACAAAGAUGGUGCAUUCAGAUGUGGGAUGCAGCAGGACACUACCUGUCGUCUCGUCUUGGAACGGACCGGAUAGCAGCGCUAGUGCUAACAAUAGCGCUGCUAGCCUGACCGUAAAAAGGGAACCUUUGGCUUCGGUGCCCUGUCAAGUCGCAGAAGUUUCCACAUCCCUUCAUGCCACCACUACCUCCGUCAAGAUUGAACCCGUUCCACCAAAGUCCGAGAAUGGGAUAGCCGUCUCUAAUGCGGGAGCCGGUGGCAUACCGGUUGGCAUUGCUGUGGCGAGGCAGCGAUUGCAGCAUCAAGAGACUUCGACGUCUAUGCGCAAUGUGUCCUUAAGUCAUCACACGUCCCAUCACGCGACGAGCUAUCAUCAUUUCCAGCCGGACAGUCUGGGUUCCAGCACGGCCAUGGCGGUAGGCGGCACUACCCUGGUGCACUGCGGAGGGCCUGGAGGGGAGGAUCGUGCGGCCCACCUCGCUGCCAUUCCCUCCGGGGCUCUCGCGCCCUCGCUGAGCCUGAAUUCCAGUCUGAAUUCCAGCCUGAAUUCCACCCUGGGCAGCAUCGGCGGCGGACCGGCGGCCGCGGCCGAUACGGCCGCCGCUGCUUGGCCGCCCACACUGUGGCAGUAUCCGGCUACGGCGGCCGCAGCGAUGCCAACGGAGCCGGUCGGCUUUCCGCAAAUGGGUUCUGGGCUGCAAGGUGGAUUACAGUUAGUCCGCGAUCCAACGACCGGACACAUUCUUCUUAUCCACGCUGCGGAACAAAUGCAGCAGGCUCUGGUGUGGCCGAAUUACUCGAAUCACAAUAGUAACGUUGCACCGCCGCCACUCCUGCUACCACCGCCUCCACCCUCGAUACAGCUUCUGGGUGAUAUCGGCGGCGCGCGAUUAGUACUAACCGAGAACAAAAGAAAACAACAAAGCGCGCUGCCGAUAGUCAAGAUCGAGACGGAAUGCAGCAACAGUCCGACAACCAUAAUCACGUCUACCGAGUCGUCGAAGACCGCCUUGCAAACUAUGACGUCCGUGACGGGUGCUCUGGUACCGGACGCAGCCCUGGUUACCACGCUGCAUUAUUACCCUCAAGCGCCGGCGCUGGUGCAAAUCAGCCAGGCCGAGCCUACCACCACGCACUGCAGGUCACAGGCUACGUCGCCGGUCUCGUGUCUGACACCACCCCCGGAAAUACCGGCGACGGUUCACGCGAUCGAGCCACCGUCAUUCGGGGUUCAGGACGCCUCAAAUCAAACCGAUGCGCCUGAGGACGAGGAGAAGCAGGAGGCUCUCGUGAAACAGGAGCAGAAUCUAAGUCCCUGCCCGGUCGCGUCCCAAUCCACGGGAACGAAUCUAACGAAUUUCGAAAUCGUGCCAUCGCCGACGGAGAGGAUCUGCAACGUCGUUAGAAUCACGACAACUACGACUACUGUAAAUCCGACCGCGUGCGGCAUUGUAACCAAAGUGGACAAGGCGGAGAACACAAUCAUCAACAUGGCCGAUUGUGCUAAAUACUCGGCGAAAGAUGGAAGAGGUCUCGUGCUCAAGGCGAUUGAGAACGAUACUCGGGUCGAGGAGGAAGUUUGCAAGGACGACAAGAUGACGCCUGUUUGCAGCAGGGGCAGCAGGCUCGGUGCCAGAAUCAUCGAGAUCACCGAAGAAAAUUGUGAUAGUUUCCACGAGAAUCUGGAGUUUUUCGCAAGGAGAAGAGACGUGGAACAGCGAGAUGGUUAUUCCAAGGGCGAGGAGAACAAAAUUGCGCAAAAUCCUAACAUCCAUGAAAAAGAGGUCGAAUCGAAGACCAUCGAUGCUGCGGAUAACAUCGAAAUUCAUCGUCAAACAUGUUCUAAAACAUCGGACCCGCCAAUCGUCAAUGAGAUAAAAUUAGACGCAGCCGAUUCGACGGAGACAUUAAGAGUCAAUUGCGAGAGUUGCGACAAGAACCGGAAUACCUCAAACGGCGAAGCCCGGCCUCAAAUUACAGUCAAGUCUUUCGACAUGCCUAAUAUCGAUUGUGACGAUCAGGACGUGCAACAAGUAGCUAUCAAGCAAGAGACUGACGACAGUUGUUACGAGACGUGCUACAAUACGUCUCAGUGCGAGCCAACGUCCACCAGCGACAGAUCCAGAUCCAGCUGCGAGAAAUCGUCGCAGGAAGCGACGAAAAGACCAUCGGUGGAGAAGUCCCAUCAUCCGGGUAUCGAGAACGUGGUGGAAAAGCUGAAAAAAAAUGCGGCGGCACUGCAAGAAGCCGCGUUACCUCAAAAAAUCGAGGAAUCCAUGGAGACAUCGAGCGUGGAGAAUAUCAAGCCGCGGAGAUAUUCCGAAACGAUACCGAAGAAGUUGCAUCUUCUACGAUCGUGCCAGUCUCUGGAGAGUGGCACGAUCGAUACCGAGAUCUCUUCCUCGCAAACUGCGAUAUCCGAACAGCAUAUUAAAGAUCAAUUGGUACUUUCGCCUCAAAACGACAGGCAUUUGGUUAGUAACGAGUGCCUACUUAACGAGAACAAUAACGACAGCAGGAGUAACAACAAUAAUAUCCAGGUGUUCGAGGAAAAAAAAUUGUUAGCGAAAAACGAAAAGAAUGUCUCUCACGAUAUUACCGCUUACGUUAAGCCCAAGACUGUCUGGCGCUGCGAGGUACAACCAGUCGCGAAGCCCAACGUGACCCGUAAAUUCGAUCACGUCUCCGAAGACGCGGAGGCAAAGUCCAGGAUACAGAAGCAAAAGCCAGCCAUUGAUGUGAGCGGUCUCGAAUUGCUGUCGAACAGCAUCGAGCAGUUGGAGCAACGAGUCGGCCAGCCGGAACAUCUGCAACUGGAUACGGACGUCGAGAAGUCACCUGUUAAAAGCAAAUUGAUAAAUCAACAGAGUGAGAAUAAUAACAAUAACGUUGGUAGUCCUCUCGGCUUACUCUGUGCGCUGGCCGAACAGAUUAUGGAGGUGGGCGACAAGGUUCCUCGGAAAUUAAAUCUCGAAAGCUCGGAGGAAAUCUCGCAUGCCGGUAGGUUACUGUUGAAUCUGGGCAGAAGUAGUUCUCUCGAGCAAAACGAAGGCAAAAGAAAGUAUAUUGAGCCUGACGAUCACCGUUCAAAACGACUCAAGCUCGACGAUCGCGAAGAGAAAACUGAGAAUACGUCGCUGAAUUAUCAUGAGAAAGACAUCGAAGAACAGCCAAUGAAAGUUAACGAAAGAAAGCAAGGAAGCGCUCUGAAAACAAAAGAGAGAACCAAGAAUAUCGAUAAUUUCUCGGAGGAAGAAAUCAAUAAGAUCACCGAUGAAAAAACUAUCGGCUCGGAAGAUCGGUCCCUCAAUAGAGACGAUGAGGAGUGUUACUCCAAUGUAGAAGCUGUUAAAAAUCUUCAAGUUCUCUCGGAUAAAACACCUGAUAAUUUACGAAGUAAUGACGCGCUUUACGAUAGAACUCCGAAAGAGGACAACCUGUCGGACUCGGAGGGCGAAACAUUCGAGUCAAAAGUCCUGUCGGAACAGUCAACGAGCUGCGAAAUUAGAGAUUAUAACAAGCGUAAAACAUCUGUCGAAGAGAGGGACAACCACGACUAUAAAAACGCCCGAACAAAGUUAGAGGCGAAGAAGUUCAUAGCCAAGAAAGGAAAUCGCGAUAACGAGGACGACUGGCCAAGCAUGAACGCCACAGAACUUGACAUGAGAGUCAAGAUGGCCGAUAUUCAGAGACAAUAUAGAGAGAAGCAGAAGGAGCUUUCCAAGUUGAUUCCUAAAAAGGAUGAUAAGAAAAGUUCUGGCAGACCGCGGAAAAAGAGUCACUCUUCUACUAGUUCUGACCAUGGGACGUUAUCAUCGCCAUCCGCGGUAGAUGUUAUGACCUCUCCGUCGCGAAGAUCACCCUUGAGAUCACCAGAAUCACCGGAGCCUGGCGCAUCUUCGCCGAUAGCCUCAGCUGUUCUGACUAUGCCGAAAUGCAAUGUAAAUCUCGUGAAACUAGGCGAGCCCAGAAGUCAUAUAAAACUUUUGGAUAGUAUACCCAGUAUUCCGAUAGCAGUACCGCCUGUGACAUCGCCGAUCCCGAUAUUACCUGGUUCCAGCAAAGCAGCACAAGAGGAUGACGAGAAAAGUACGGAAACGGUGAGCUAUGACACGUCGUCACCAGCACCGACUGUCGCAAGCUCGACUUCCGCUUCCAAGAAGAGAAAAGUCGGACGACCGCGUAAGCUCACGUGCACCUCCGGCAGUGCUAGGCACUUAACGGAGACAAUCGUCGCUAAGAAGCCUAAGAGCAAGAGUUCUCUAGUUGGUUACGUGCUAUCUUCAAAGAACAGACAUCUACAAACGAAGCAAUGCAUAAAUAAUAAAACCGAUUAUACCCCGUUGCCAUUCAAAUCAGAAGUCUCUUCCCCGAAGCCACAAGUCAAGACGCAAAAAGUUACGAAAAUGAAGGCAAAGCCAGCAAAGCAAACUCCGCUGCAUAACAAAAAUGUAAUCAGCUCGAUUAUUGCCGAAAAAGCAAAGCUAAGUCAAGAGGUGAAACUUGAGAAGCAUAGCGGUAAGAUAAAACCGAAACUUAAAGCGGAGGUGAAAGUGAAAAAUUGGGAGGACGACGAGAACGACAUAGUACAACCUGAAAACGUACCAUCUGAAAAACCUAUAAUUCAAGAUCCUAUCGAGGAGAUGCAGAUAGAAUCUGCAGAACAAUCGGAGGAGACGGAAAGCUCACGGCAUGAGAAGUCAAAGAAAAAAAAGCGAAAAUCCAGUUCGUCGCAAUCGCCGAAUCGCGACAAGAAGGAUUCUAAGCGGCGCAAAUCUCUGGAGUGCAAACAGUGCGCCAAGGCAGCUGCAAGGACUUCCGAGAGCAUUGUCAACCGAUGCAAGUUGACGUCUGCUCAUCUGGCCAUCGAUCAGCUGCGAGUUCUCAUGGCGAUAGGCGGUCUCUUCUAUGCGGGCAGACUGAGCGCUGUGCAAGCGCCCGAUGUUUACUCCAUUACGCUGGAUGGCGAACGUGGAAACAGACCGCAUAUUCACUCGAGAGAAGAGAUCCUGAAAGACGCGAUCGUGGAAGUGUGUCCGACUUCGACGAAAGAGCUAUCACCCGGCACGAGAUUAUGCGCGUAUUGGAGCCAACAGUAUAGGUGUUUGUACCCGGGAACGUCCGUGAAACCUAUGGUACCUGAUCCGCAGCACGACGAGAAAUUCGUCACCGUGGAAUUCGACGAUGGAGACAGCGGUUUAAUUGUCUUAGAGGACAUCAGACUUUUACAGCCUAAUUAUCCUGUCGUAGUAUACGAUCCGAAUCCUCUACUCUCAUUGGGCAAACGACGGCGACAAACGUCGACAUCGGAAGACAAGCGUUCCGCGUGCAAUCAGACCGCUUCAUCAAAUGGUCAGAGCGUUCUGUCAACGUCUCGGAGUGUGAUAGCUGGCAAUAACAGUUUCGCCACGUGUCCCUACGUUCCUAAGGUAGAAUUGACAAACGCCAACGAUGGUGCCGAGGCGGAGACUGAAACGAACGUCGAAACGAGCAGUACGAGCGGUACGGAAUAUCGCAAAAGAAAGCACAUGAAGAAAAUAAAAAAGAAUAGGAAGCUACUUGAGAUUCAAGAAGGCAAGAAGAAGCAUAGAAAGCAUAGGUCCUGUAAGGAGCAUCGAAAGCAUAAGCAUAGAAAACAUCGAAAGCACAAACACAGACAUCAUGGCAGCAAUGGCGACGCGAACAGCACAAGCAAUCGGGACUGGGAGCAGAGGAAUGAAGAGGAAACAACAGAUUUGCCGAAUAAAAACUUUUCCGCUACCGAGGAGACAAGGUUGUCCGAAGAAGAUGACGAAACUGAAGAAGCAUUGGUACCUGCUCAGAAAGACGAAGCUCAAAUAGAGCUUGAAGAACCGUCGGAAUCAGUCCAAAAAGAUACCGAUGUUCAAGUGGAACCGUCGGAACCCAUUCAACAGGCUCAGCCUGAGGAAGAAGAACCUGUCCAGCAGACUCAGACAGAAGCCGAAGAACCUUUAGAACCCGAUCAAGUUUGCGUUGAAACACCGAUGGAAUCUGAAGAAUUCGCAGAAGGCGUCCAAGCCAACGACGAGGAGCCUGAGGAAUUGCCAGAACCAGUCGAAAAGAAACUAAAGAAGGCACCGACGAAUCGCUCUUCGACAAAUCGUACCUCGAUCAAUCGCACUUCUGCAAGCCAAGCUUCGACGGCCUCGGCAGUUCGCGGUUCAACUAGUCGCGCCUCGGCGAGUCGCGUCGCGACGAAUCGCACAACGACGAAUCGCGCCUUGACAAGAAACGCUUCGACGGCACAGACUUCGACGAGUUCCGGCUCCGCGAGUCGUGUCGCGAAGAAUCGCACCGCUAAUAACAAUCCAACAACUGUGGCCAACCCGUCGAAUCCCGUCGAGACUCCUAGUCCGAUAGCCCGCAUGCUGCCUAACAAACGCCACUGGAAAUGGGCGAGCAGCAGUCGCGUAUCUGGCGGAAAUCAAUAUUUCACAGCUAUACGGCGCGGCAGAGAAACGAUAAACAUAGGCGACAGCGUAUUAUUUUAUUCCUAUCGAAAACCUCACGAAAAACCUUACAUCGGCAAGAUUGUGUCGCUGUGGCUGAACCAGAAAUUAGAGAUGAGAGUCAGAUCCCAAUGGUUCUACCGUCCCGAGGAGCUACAACCGCCCUGCAGUCUAAACCCUCCGGGCGGCCUGUUUGAAUCGAAGCAUAGCGAUUCAAACGACGUGCAAACGAUUUCCCACAAAGUAAUGGUGCUACCACUUGAAGAUUAUAAUAAGGUACUGCAAACUGCGUCGCACAGACAUCAAAAGGGUUACGAGGACAACGACCGUUACUACUAUUACGCCGGCUUUUAUACGCAUCCAACAGUAACUUAUGCACCAGGCGUCACGGCUGUUCUAAAUGAAUGAGAACAGCUCAAGCUGACGAUUAAGUUAGCCGGAAUUACUUAAUCGUGGUCAGCUAACAACUCUGCAAAAUUUUCGAUGCGACAACCGUUUAAAAUGAACGGCUCUCUUUUUUUUUGCGGAGGAACACAAACUUGAAAGCUUACAUAUAGCUAAUACGCUAAUAGAAACGUAGGCGAUACGUUACACGCAAGAAGUGAAAUUAUUUCUUUAUUCACGUCUUUAUUACGUCUCUUUUUAUCGCGAGAGCGUUGCUCAUUAAGUCUACAAGGCACAAGCAUUACUUCAUUCGCGAGAUACUUAACAAAAGAUAAUUUUCCAAGAUAAAAAGCUUAUUUAUCAUCUACUAGUGUUAGAUUCAUUUAACUAGAAUUGAAGGAUCUUAAUUUUCUCACUGAUUAAUAAUGGCAUUUUAUCUACUUUUUCCAUCGCAUUUCUUACAUAACACGAAAAUAUCUCUUCGUCGUAAUGCAUAACACGCGAUUAAAUAUUUCAUCGAUCUGCUUAAGAUCGUUAAAAAAAUAAAAAAAGAGUAUAUUGUCGUUAAACGCGCGCGUGACCUAAAAACGAUGUAGAUUGAUGGAACUUUGUAGCCUGAAAUUUUUAAUCUUCACAACAGGCAAUACUUGUGCCUUGUUCAAAAAUUCCUCCCAUUGAAAUGCGAUCCGACUGCCGUUCGGUUUCUGUGAAUUUCCGAAUUGUAAUUACGCUUAUACAUUUUGCUAGCAGGAGAGCGAGAGAGCGAGAGAGAGAGAGUGAGUGAGAGAAAGAGUGAGAGAGAAUGAAAGAGUGAAAGAGAGAAAGAGAGAGAAAACGAGAGAAAUGGAUCGAUGCAAUAAUCACACUAAGUGGCAUUAAACGGAAGUGAUCGAGAUAAAAAGUUAUUUGCUGUACAUAUUGUAAAUAUGAUUUAAAGAACGUGUGUCUAACAUUUGCGUUCACACGACUCGUUAAUGUAAAUCGCGUUACAAAAGCGGUAGAUUCAAGUUUAUACAGCUUAAGUUUUAAGUCGUAAGUUAAUGACCCGAGUAACAAUAACGUUUCGAUAUUUAAAUAACAAAAAAAGGGGGAGUAAACUAUUUUCAUGUUCGGAAAGUCAAAUUUUUUUAACAAUCAAUGAAAAAAACGUACGAUAAAUAAUAAUAAUGUAACUUCGCUAAAGAAAAAAAAAGAGAAAAUGAAAAUGAUAUUCGAGUCAUUCUUUAGGGAUACAGCUUUUUAGAGAAUUUCACUCGAUUUGUCGUAGUGAGUCGAUGACGAACACAACAUUUGUCGUGUUUUUACUUCGCUAAUCGAUAUAUCCUCUAACGCGUUUAUAGAGUAGACAUUUGCGAUGCAGUCAGAUGCUUUGACCUGAAACACCGCGGAUGUAACGAGCAAUAAAGAAUUAAUCCCAUCAAAGCUCGCAAGAAAAUCAAUUAUUUAAAUAACAGAAUAUUCGCUGAGUUUGAGAAAGGCGCCCGAGGGAUGAAGCCGCUACAAUGACAGAAAUAAAAACGUUAAAACGUUAACGUCAAAUUAACUGAGAAAAUUGGAUAAUUUUUCUUAAUGAAGCUUAACGAGAUAUUAAGAUAUUAAAAUGCAAAUUUACGGUGUGCAUCGGAUAACGUAGCGAUAAGCCUCGGUCGAAACGAUAAAGGAAUAGUAUUCGCUACCUCUUCUACUGAUGAGGAUUAUGAUGAUUCGACGAUAUCGAUUAUAGAGCUUAUGUAAAUUUGACUCGCAAGAAUCGGGCCUAAAUAGUUGAGAAUGUACUUAUAAAGAGAGCUCGUGAUACGCGACUUUUGAUUUAUUUUAUUGGUUGUUUUUCAUAGAAGACAAAUAAACUUUAAAUGAAUAAGUAAGAAAUCAUGCUUGAAUUUUAUAAAGAAAGAGACUACAACAUUGUAAUAUAUUGCUGCCCCUGGAGAUGUGCAAUACUAUAUUUAAAUAUAGUACUGCUUGAAUACAGUAUUGCUUAAAAUAUUUUAUUUAAAUAUAGUCUGUUAAUAUAAUCGAACUAUCAGGUAUGUUACAUAAAUAUAUAAUAGAAUUCGGAGAGUCGUACGUCACGUGCUAUCUUUGUUGAACAAAAAUACGAAUACCAUUGUUUAACUUAAGUGUCAAUACGUCAAUUAGCUUGACAGUAUUUGUCUCUUCCUUUUCCUCUAAUUGCAGAAGAAAGUUCUAAAUUCUUUUCGGACAUAGGGAUUUGAAACAAGGUGCUAUAUAUAUGUGUCGAAAGAUAAUUUUUUUUAUAAAAAUGAAUAUUUAGUCAAAAAAAUUCAGCAAAUAUCGUUAUUUGCAUCUUUUUUGUUUAAUUGCAAAUUAUUAAUUAAUUCUAAAGGAUGAAUUUUUUUAUGUGUGACUUUUAUAUUCACAUACAAUGGGUUACGUUUGAGUGCGGUUAACAUCGUUUGCACCUUCGGUGACUCAGAGAAUAUAAUUAUCGUAUCACCCUCCUAAUGUUGUGGAAUUUCUUGAUACGGAAACUGUUAAGAAGAGUUGAAUCAUAGUAGGAGCGCCCAUUGCAAGAAAGAUAACAUAAAAAAUUUUCGCUAAGCGUUAAAGCGAACUAAUAAUGCGAAUUAAUAAUAUUCGCUGAAACAAAGGUGCAAAUCUUAAGACAUAAAAUGUAACAUUCGGCCUUCAUGCGUCUGCAAUUCUAAUUACUCGAAAUGCCCUCGGUGCGUUUUGCCAGUUACUUUUGAGAUUAUUCGUACGAGAAUAUACAAUCGAGUUAGCAGAGUACAAUUCCCUAAUAAUAAUAAUAGAAUCGCGUUGCGAGUUCAACGCUUUCGUAGUUUCCCACCUUCUCUAUCGCCGGAACUUUGGAUUUCGAUGAGGCGGAUUUUUGAGGUGGCUGAAACUAAAGACUUUUUUAUAGAUGCUAACUUUUAGAGCACUUUAUGUGAGAAAAAAAUUUUAGUGUUAUAGAUAUAUGAUAAACGACUCUUCGGGCAGUCGAUUGAUAUUCGAGGAUUAAUUGACACUUGUGCGAUCGACUCCCGGAAGAGAUCUAGUUCUUCUGAAAAAUCCUGAUGACUUCAUCGAAAUUCCAAGAAUGAUCCGGCGUUGGUCUUAUCGCAUUUUCUCGAAUAAAACUUGUACAAUACAGAGAAAAAAAUUUCCGAAAAUUGCUAUAGCGUGUACUAUAAUACUAUAAUAGCGUAGAGAGUCUUUUUCGAAAAUUGAACUGGUAGAAGUGUGAAGUACAAACUGAAGACACAAUAAAAUGCACGGGCGAGUGAAGUGCGAUAAUCGAGAGAAACCGAAGAAAAGAUUAAGAGGUACUUAUACGCGUAAAAUGGCAAAUUUGUUUUCUGUGUAAAUAUACAUAGGUAUAGGACGCUCCGUUGUGUACAUAUAGCGCGCUGAGACUGCGCGGUGUUUCGCGCCGUGUCGCUUUUAAAAAUAUUUUUGACGAUCAAAUUGAUCCACACUGUAUAGAACACACGAUUCAAUCAUGUAGUACAUAAAAAUAUAAAUACGUGUGUAAAAUACAUAGUAUUUUUUCAUGAGGGUCGCAACGAGACGACGAUGAGCUGGCCAGACAUUUUAAAUAUAAAGAAGGAGAUCUUAAUCGUGCCGUUGACGAUGCAUCAGUAAGCUUCCGCAAGCGGUUACUGAAUGUCUAGACAGUGUUGGGCGGACGUUAAUCAGGCCUUGUAUCGAAAACCUUUUAGCCCUAUAAAGAACAUCGAGAUCGCGGCCGAGAACAGCGCUUGCUUUUUCAGCUUACCAUCUUGACUUUUGUCCCGAUAAAAAAACGUUAGAGAGAAUAAACUGUGCAAUUAUUUUCUAUUUCGUAAAAAAAAAAAAAGAAAAACAUGCCUAAAAAUGUAUACAUUUCACAGUACGCAUAUUUGGAAGCGUAUAGGUCGCGGAUUUGCACACGGUCGAUACCACGACUACGUGUCGCCGAGCGCAACUACCCUUCGCUAGUAACUAUAGUCGGCAGAUAAAAAUAAAAAGAUCCUGAAACUGCAGCUGUGCAAAGUGGCCGCCUUUCUCCCGCUUGGUAAGAGCAUGGUAACCGAUAAGGAGCUCGGUGUUCUCGAGGGGACUAAGCAUGGAUGAUGGUGGUGAAUUAUACGGUACCUUCUCUGCGCAAAGAAUGCGCAACGAGUCGCAAUCUUUCUACACGCUUGUAGUAAUAUUAUAGCGCCGGUAUGAUAUUUUAUUAAUUACCAUUAACCGCGAUGACGUAGCACCCUGCAAAAUAUAUAUAAUAUACAUAUGUAUAUAUAUAUAUAUGUAUAUAUAUUUUGUAUAGUGCUAUGUACACAAACGUUACAUAUUCUGAAUAUUAUAUAUUUUUACUGUGUAAUUAUAAUAAAUUGCUAUACAAUUACUAAUUUAA